CAAAUCGAAAACGCGCUUCCAUUCAUCAGUUCAGUCUCUUCCGGCGUCCGAUCGCAUUAAAAAUUCUUUUAUUUAUUAUUUUCUGAAUAGUGAUAGUCUGGCGAUAGUGAUAUCGUGAUAUCAGCUCGCAUCCGCUACGAUGGCCACCAAAUUACUACCGAUCGCAAUUACAGCCAAGCAGGACCUGAAAGCCGUGAAAACCAAAAUGCGCUUCAGGAAAGACGAUGUCCGUCAGUGCCGGCUUUGCUUGCGAAUGUUGCCGCGGGGCGACGUCCGAAUCACCGUCGAGAGCGAUGGAUACGAUAUCCGGCGCAAAAUCCUAGACGCCGUCGGAGUUAAAAUCAGAGAAGAUGACAAAGUUAAGGGUGUUUGCGACAGCUGUCUGCUUUUGGUGGAAACGGUCAACCACUUUCGGGAGACUUGCCGCCGAGCGGACAUAAUCCACCGGAAGCGGCUGCUGAUGAUGCAUCCCGGCCGGUGGGCCAGUGACGAGAGCAAGAAAACCUUUGAGGACUGUCACACUCUCGUGAAACGGAAUCGGUUCGAGAUGGACGGAUUGUUCAAAUGCUUCGAACGGAAAGAGGAAGACGCCCGGCUUCAGCCGAUCCAAGAAGUGCACCAGCAGAUCAAAGAGGAUAACUCCAACCCGGAACCAACCGGACAUACAAUGGUUGAUAAGGAUGAUACAGGUAAUCAAAUAAUUGUAGGCCCAUGUGAAACAGUAUACCUAAACCACCAUGACCAAGUGAUGCCCACUCAGAGCGACGAAGCAAGACUGGCAGAUUCGCCGGAGCCCGAACUACUGCCUGCACCGACGACUGCCUCGGGAAAACGGAUCGUCAUGUGCGACAUUUGCGGUCAAUUUAUAGAAAUCUCAAGACUAUCGAACCAUCGCUACAAACACGUUGGGGUUCGGCCUUACGUUUGUCCUUACGAAGGCUGUGGCAAGAAUUUUUUCAGCGCUAAAAUUCUAUCCAACCACAGACUGUCUAUCCAUCUUGGGUCGGUAUCAAUGGAGGAGUGCGAGGUUUGCCAGCGGAAAUUGAAAGGAAAGAAACAGCUCUCUUUACACAUGUUAACCCACGGCGAGGGUUCAAAGAAUUCCCGCAAAUCACCGUGCAACGUUUGUGGGAGAUUGUUCUACAAGAGCUAUCUCAAGGAUCACAUGGCCGUCCAUACAGGAAAUUUAGCUUACACUUGUAAAAUCUGCGGUCGACAGUUUGCAGCUAUGAACAAUUUAACAUCCCAUUGGAAAAAGAUGCACCCAGAUGUGGAGUAUGAUCUGAAAAAGGUGGUUCAGAGAACAGACGACAUUGAACUCGAGUAAUCGUCUAUUACGCUAUCUUUGUUUUUCAUUUUAAAAUGUUGGGCUUUUAAGUUUGUAUAUAAUACUGAAUUUUACAUAGUUGGUAACUGCA